AACCAAUCUAGUGGUCUACAUUAAUCUGUGCUAAAUGGUUCAGUUUAAUAGAGGGCCUGGUAUUUAUCCUCAUUUCUUCGUGAAUAGUUAUUGAAUUUUAGUUUCUCCUAAAGUUAAUCUACAUUGUGAGUCCUCUAAGCCAGCGGCUACUGAUGUUUCUAGUGAAUCGAACCCUCGGCGAACUUAUGAGAACAACCAUACAGACUACGCUUGCAUUUUAAAUAUACAGGAUACUCCCUCUUAUCGUUUUAGGACCGCGGGAUUGAAAGGAUUUGGAGAAGAUAAUGAAGGACUUGUAUUAGUAGAAAAUGCACAAAAAUGCCAGAUCAUUAAGGCUUAGCAAUAAGUGUCAAAUGCUGAGAAUUUCCUCGGACGAAAAAUCCUCCAUCCAGUACACGAUUUUUAGAACAGAGUCUGUUAAUUGCUACCGCGAAAGCACACACAUCGGAUACUGGUAUGGAAAAUUAUGCAUUACUAACUGAAGCGAUGUUGUGAAUACAUGUACAUUUAUUUAUAAGGAAUUUAACGUUACCAAGACAAUACAGAACUUAAUAAACAAAUAAAAGAAAAACUGGAGCGAUAAUUGAGACUGAGACUCGAGCCUGCGGUAUGGGACGAAUGCUCAAAAUUAGGAUAUUGGAAAAAGCCCCUAAAUGCUCUCUAAAAUGUAUGCUCUUGUUAGUGACUAGCGUUCUAUUCCUCUUCAAGGAUGCAAAAGCUUGCGACGUGCUCAUUUUUAUAGAUCACGAUAAAGUCAGCACGAUUUGUCUUGAAGAAUCAGGCUGCGUAGAUGGAAUGAAGAGUUUCACCGUAAAAAAAGGGUUUGAUAUAUGCAUAGAGGAUCAUUUAAACGAUAGAGUUGUUAUGCAUGUGUCCAACAUUAUCUGGAGGGUAAGAUACGAGAGGGAGUACUACAUACGAGAAGACAAGAUUUGUUUGAAUACAACAUCAAUCACAUGCUCUAAGGAUCAUCCUCCCCUCGGAAGUUACAGUACUCCUGAAUCUCGUGAAUCGUUCAUAGCGGAGUGCCGUACCCGGGCGGUAUCAAAUCUUUCGGAGGUCGCUAAAAAUCAAACAUUCACGGUAAAUACUGAUUAUUUGUCAAUGUCCAGCUCCGUAUGGAAAAUGUGUGCGUGCGUUAAUACAUACAAGUUGGAGGAAAUUGGACAUUUACACACAGUACUUCAUCAGAAAACUGAUCCAAUUCCGAUCCUGGAGGUCGAGGUAAAAGAUGCGUUGAACAAUACGCAAAAGAUAACUUUGAGUGAACACGACCAAACUUUCUUCUUGGACGUCUCAAAAUUCAAACUGAAAGAAUCUGGUUCGAUCCCAUUCACGGUGUCAAGUUCUUUAAUGCAGAAUUGGCCAAAAAAGUUACUACUGGAAUAUUAUGGGGAAUUUUUCUAUGUUGACGAACUCUCUCUGCGCUCAUAUUCGGAGAGAGUGAGCGGCGAUUCCAUAACCACUGCGCAAGGUAAAACCGAAGACACGAAAAGCAAUGCCAUCCCAGUACUAUACAAAAAAUUGGAUGCAGAAUGUGCUGUACCUGAUAGAACGUGGUACAAUUGUUCUUGUACAUGUAGAAAGGAAAUCAAUGGCAUCAUGAUGACGCCACCGAUUACCUCUCUACAGUGCACCAAGUUAGCGAAAGACAAAUCAUUUUACUCUCAACCCAAAAAGUUCACCCUACCGGCAUCCGGUUUUUCAGUGGUCGAUACGUAUGAUGAAACGAUCCAGGACGGGGGUACAACAUUCCAGUACGGACAUGUAGUCCUAGGGGUGGGAAACAUUUUAAAUACAAUGGAAGGGAGAUGCACUGUAAGACCUGUUGGGAGCUAUGGUUGUUUUUCCUGCGAUGACAGCGCUCAUGUAGCGAUUCAAGCAACUAACAUAGAGAAGGGAGGCUUGGUUCCUUUCGUUUCGAAUUGCUCCUUCGAUCGACGUACCAUCAAAUGUGAUUUAGAGCCGACCAAGCUAAUCUUGCGAGAGAAACAUGACGUGUGCUAUAUCAAACUUCUAACUAAGAAACGUUCUGAAUUAACGAUCCAUAUAAAAUACAUCAACUUCCAUGGACUGAACGGAACAUCGCCCAGGCAACUCAAAUGUGAGCAGAAUUUUCCUGAGCAAGGAAUGGUAAAUACAGUAGUUAGCACUCGGUUUUUGGUGACUCUCAUGGGGGCAGUCACAGCUUGUUUUCUUUUAACAAUGGUGUCCAUUCUGUUUUUCCGAUUUGUACAAAGCAGGCAUGGUUCGCAGCAUCGAGUUGCGGAGGAACCCACCUUACUUGAAGAGCUGUAAAAAUAAAACUGAUGAAUAAAAGUCGUGAGAGGAUGAA